AUGUCUAUUCCACGCACUGUUGCUGCUGGAAGUAAUUUCUUAUGGCGAGCCGGUGCUCUAUUAACCGCUACAGCAAUUGGUUUUGGUGCCUUUGGCGCCCACGGCCUGAAGCAACGCAAAGAUAUCAACCCGGAUCGUAUAAACGCCUGGAACACUGCUGCUCAUUAUGCGAUUUUCAAUGGACUCGGGCUUCUGCUCGUUUCUUUACACCCGCGGUUUUCUGUUCAUCGGUUUGCUGGCCCGGCGAUUCUGACUGGAACUGUUCUUUUUUCUGGAUCCAUCUUUGCCUUGACUCUUGAUCAUAACCUGAGAUUCCUUGGGCCAGUCACUCCCAUGGGUGGUGUCAUAAUGAUUGCGGGCUACAUGUCCUUAGCUCUGUAA